AUGUAUUUAUUAAAUGUGUGGAACUUUAUUCUGGCGAUUUUGGUGGUAAGGGAUGCUAACUGCAUUGUGAUUGAUUUAUGUCAUGGUUAUCAAAAUCAAUCUACUACCUGUUGGACCACAACGCAGCGGUUCGAAAUAUUUGGAGUAAAGAGAGGCGCAGGUCCUAAUGGAUGGUAUUCAACACAGAGCUUUUCAAUGUCCGAACAUUGUGGCACUCAUUUAGAUGCACCUUAUCACUUUUAUGAAAACGGGUGGAAAUUGGAAGAUAUUCCACUGGAACGAAUGAUAGUUGAAGGUGUGCAUCUAAAUGUCAGUCACGAAGUCAAUGGAAAUGGUGACUUUUUACUAACAGUUGAUCAUUUGAAAAAAUGGGAACACGACAAUGGUCCACUUCCACACCGUUCUGUGAUAUUAGUCAAUUUCGGUUGGGCUCAUAAGUUUGGAAAUCGUCAACUAUACUACUAUAAUAAUAUUACAGAGCGAUCAUUAUUAAGUUUUCCAGGAUUAUCUAAAGACGCAGCACAAUGGAUUGUCGACUCAAAAAAAGUAUUCGGCUUAGGAGUAGAUGGCCCGAGUGUUGAUCCAGGCAAUUCAACGUCGUUUGAUGUGCACAAGAUACUAUCUAAAGCCAAUUUAUAUAAUCUCGAAAACGUAGCUUUAAAUGGUACGACAUUACCAUCGAAAGGAUUCAAACUUAUUAUCCAGCCAAUCAAGAUUGUAGGAGGUACCGGUGGACCUUGUCGGAUAUUAGCUUUUACAAAUAAUACUUUUGAAAAAUGA